AUGUCAUUAAGAAUAAUUCCACAAGAUUCAAAAGAAUCAAAAGUUUCAUCAACUCAAUUUAAUAACCCAUCAACAAAUACUCCAUCAUUAUCAGAAACUUUACAUAAUCAGCAAGGACCACAAAACAUAUCAAGUAGAAUAAAUAAUUUACAUCCUUUACAAUCUCGUAUAACAAAUUGGGAUCAAACUCAACAUGAAACAAGAUUAGAAACUUAUAGAAGAUUAUUUGGAGCUGGUGAACCAAUAAAAAGAACAAUGGAAUUAUCAAUAGUAGAAAAUACUGAUUUUAAACCUGAUGUUUUAGGUGGUUGUGAUUCUAUGCAUAAGGAUAUUUUAAUGGGAAAUGAUAUGAGUUUAGAUUGGAAUGAUGUUUAUCCUAAUGGAUUAUACAAUAAUGGAAAUAAUUCAAUGGAUGUGCAUAAUGAAAUAGAAAAAAGAUUAGGUAUAUAA